CGGACGCUCCGCCCGCUCUCGCCGAGGAUAUUGACUUUCCCGCAAGUUAAAGUAUUUAAAUGUGGAGGGAGACAGAUGCUGUGCGCGCACCGGAGGCAACCGCAAGAAACACGCGUGUGGGCGGAAGGUUGAGGCUGGGAUUUUAUCUGCACGUAUAGAAAGAGAGAAAGAGGGGGGAGAAACAGCUGCAGCAUCAGUGUUUGAGCUUCUUCCUCUUUUUUUUAAAGCGGAGUUUGUCAGAUUCCAUCUGUGUCACCGAAUGAUGCGUAAAGCUCCGCGCGUAAAGAUCCCCAACCCGUCAGCGCGAGUCAUCGGGGAUUUAUUUCCUCUUUAUUUUGACACAAAGAGGAUGUGAUGGUUUAGUGACAGCGAAGAACUUCAAACUUGGAUCCACCUUGUCAAAUCUGCCCAACUUUCCGUUAAUUCUGCCAAAGUGGAGAGCAGACGGGAUCUCUUUCUAUGCGUAAUACAAGGGGGUCUAAAACUGAACUAAAAUCCCCACAUUGGAGAACUUUAACAUUUCUGAGAGCUUUCGGCACAGRACAAUUCGAGUCUUCAUGAAGCAAUAUUUGAACUACUACAAGAUGAGGCUGAGAGCAUCGAGGUUAGGUUAUCUGUUCCUUCAGUUCACGGCGCUUUGCUUUUACGCACAGGUGUUUGCUGUCCGACAGAACUCGGCGCAGUCUCCUCCGAACUUUAAGCAGCAUGUGACCGAGCAGAGCCGGCUGUCGGACCGGAUGAGCCGCAGGCUGACCCGAACCUACCAGCUGUACAGCCGAACCAGCGGGAAACACGUCCAGGUUCUGGCCAACAAGAGGAUCAACGCCAACGGGGACGACGGGGCCGUGCACGCUAAACUGGAAGUGGAGACGGAUACUUUUGGGAGUCGUGUUCGAAUUAAAGGAGUGAAGACAGGAUAUUACAUAUGUAUGAACAAGAGGGGGAAGCUGAUUGGGAAGCGAAAAGGACGAGGCAAAGACUGCAUCUUCACAGAAAUCGUCCUGGAAAACAACUACACGGCGCUCCAGAACGCCAAGUACGAGGGCUGGUUCAUGGCCUUCACGCGUAAAGGCCGCCCGAGGAAGGCGUCGAAAAGCAAGCAGCACCAGAGGGAGGCCCACUUCAUGAAGCGCUUACCGAGGGGCCACUUACUGAGCGAGAGGAGGCCGUUUGAUGCCCUUCCUCUGCCCGUCCCCGUGCAGCCUUUCAGCAAGCGGACUAAACACUCCCACCACCAUCAGCACUCAGGGGGACGCUGAGGGACCGCAAACCGCUGAGGGGGAACGGCAGACGACCCAGCGCUGAAGAACCCACUUCAGGAGAAAAACACGAGCUUCGGGAGGGAAAUUUASCAGAACACUCAAGUGCCCGUACACUUUUUGCCUCAUUUGUGGAUUUAUUCUGUAAUCUUAUAUGUAAACUAUCUAAUCUGUUAGUUAUUUUCUACUGAGCCCGCGAGGGGACAUGGGGGAUUUUUUUUUCUUUUUACGUUCCCAUGCAAAACUAUUGCGUUACCUCG